AUUUCGCGCAAGAACAAAGAAAGAGAAAAGAAAUCUUAGCCAUGAUGGAUCUAAUCCACACUUUCCUCAACUUAAUAGCUCCCCCUUUCACCUUCUUCUUCCUUCUCUUUUUCUUGCCACCCUUCCAGAUUUUCAAGUUCUUCCUUUCAAUCUUGGGCACCCUUUUCAGCGAGGAUGUCGCUGGAAAAGUCGUCGUCAUCACCGGCGCCUCCUCCGGCAUCGGCGAAAGUCUUGCUUACGAGUAUGCUAAGAGAGGGGCGUGCUUGGUGCUUGCUGCAAGAAGGGAAAGGAGUCUUCAAGAAGUGGCCGAAAGGGCGCGCGAUUUGGGGUCGCCGGACGUCGUGGUGGUCCGGGCCGAUGUUUCGAAGGCGGAGGACUGCAGGAAGGUUGUUGAUCAGACUAUGAAUCGCUUUGGAAGAUUGGAUCACCUGGUCAAUAACGCUGGAAUUAUGUCAGUUUCAAUGCUGGAAGAAGUUGAAGAUAUUACUGGUUACAGAGAAACUAUGGAUAUCAACUUCUGGGGCUAUGUGUAUAUGACCCGAUUUGCCGCCCCAUACCUUAGGAAUAGCAGAGGCCGAAUUGUUGUACUUUCUUCAUCCAGUUCUUGGAUGCCUACUCCGAGGAUGAGUUUUUACAAUGCAAGCAAAGCGGCGAUUUCACAAUUUUUUGAGACACUGCGGGUGGAAUUCGGCCCCGAUAUAGGCAUAACCCUUGUGACUCCAGGAUUCAUAGAAUCUGAACUUACCCAAGGCAAAUUCUACAAUGCUGGCGAACGUGUAAUUGAUCAGGACAUGAGAGAUGUACAAGUGAGCACGACUCCAAUCCUGAGGGUGGAAAGUGCGGCAAGGUCAAUCGUGAGGAGCGCGAUCCGUGGAGAAAGAUACGUGACAGAGCCGGCCUGGUUUAGGGUUACUUAUUGGUGGAAGCUAUUCUGCCCUGAGGUGAUGGAGUGGGUAUUUAGACUGAUGUACUUGGCCAGCCCGGGUGAGCCGGAGAAGGAAACGUUUGGCAAGAAGGUUUUGGAUUACACAGGAGUGAAGUCCUUGCUUUACCCGGAAACCGUGCAAGUUCCGGAGCCCAAGAAUGAUUAAUGCUGGAAAAAUGCAUUGGGACAUCUGUAAGUUUGUGAUGAUCUUGUGCAUACAGAAGUAAGUUUGUGUGUAUGGAUGUAUAUAUAAUAAGGCAGUCAUUUUGCUACGGAAAUUGACAUUUUGUUCUUCAAUGCGGUUGGUUGUUUGGAGGGUUUUUCUGAACGCCUUUAUAGAAAAAGGCCAUCAGAAAAGGUGUUUGUGUAAAGUUUAUCGAAUAUAAAGUUCAGGAGAUUAUUAGUGGAUGUUUA